AUGGUGUGCCGGGGAGAAUGCAAAUGGACUCAUAUGUUCCCUUUUCUCAUGGUGUCACUUGUAUAUUCUGCUAAUGCUGAAUAUUCUAACUGUGGUGAAAAUGAGUAUUACAACCAGACCACUGGAAUGUGCCAUGAGUGUCCACAAUGUGAGCCAGGAGAAGAACCUUAUAUGACGUGUGGAUAUGGCACCAGAGAUGAAGACUAUGGUUGCAUCCCUUGUCCAUCAGAAAAAUUUUCAAAAGGCGGGUAUCAGAUAUGUAGGAGGCACAAGGACUGUGAAGGGUUCUUUCGGGCAACAGUUAUGACACCUGGAGAUCAAGAAAAUGAUGCAGAGUGUGGGCCCUGUCUUCCUGGUUACUACAUGUUAGAAAACAGGCCACGAAAUAUCUAUGGAAUGGUUUGCUAUUCGUGUUCACUGGCUCCUCCCAACACAAAAGAAUGUGCAGGAGUUACCUCUGGUGUGUCAGCUAGUUUUCCAAGUACAUCUGGAACAAGUACUAAUUCUCCUUUCCCACCUGUGCACAAAGCAGACCUUACUGGACAAGGACAUCUUGCUACUGCUCUUAUCAUUGCUAUGUCAACUAUUUUCAUAAUGGCUAUUGCUAUUGUCCUGAUCAUUAUGUUCUACAUUGUGAAAACUAAAACUUCAGCUCAAGCUUGUUGCACCAGCCAUUCGGUGAAGACGGUAGAAGCCCAGGCCAAUACACAGGAAGAGAAAAAAGAAGCACAAGAAAACGUGGUGAUUUUCUCAGAGAAAGAUGAGUUUGGAAAGUUGACAGCCACUCCAGCUAAGGCUGUCAAGAGUGAAAAUGAUGCUUCUUCAGAGAAUGAGAGACUAUUAAGCCGUAGCAUGGACAGUGAUGAAGAAGCAGCCAUUGACAAGCAAGGGACUCCAGAACUGUGCCUGUUGUCCCUAGUACAUUUGGCUAGAGAUAAAUCUUCUACACACAACAAAUCAACUGGCAUACAAAGUCGGAGGAAAAAGAUACUUGAUUUGUAUGCUAAUGUAUGCAGCUUUGCAGAAGGCCUCAGCCCUACCGAGCUGCCAUUUGAUUGUCUGGAGAAGACCAGCAGGAUGCUUAGUUCUACGUACAACACAGAGAAAGCCAUUGUGAAGACAUGGCGUCACCUGGCUGAGAGCUUUGGGCUGAAGCGGGAUGAAAUCGGUGGCAUGACAGACGGCAUGCAACUUUUUGACCGCAUUAGCACAGCAGGCUACAGUAUUCCAGAACUGCUGACGAAACUAGUGCAGAUUGAGAGGCUAGAUGCUGUGGAGUCUCUCUGUGCAGACAUCUUGGAGUGGGCUCAAGUGGCACCCAAGCCGGAUCCAGUGGUAUCCUCUUGA